AUGAAGCGAAAACGAGAGCCAUCAACCGAAUCGGCUGAGCCAGACGAUGAAGAAAUGGAAGAAGACAAUGAGGACAGAGAGGAAAAUGAAGGGAACAACUCACAAGGUGACGAAGAUGAGGAAGACGAUGAAAGUGGCGAUGAAAGCGACGAAAGCGACGAAAGCGACUCGCCACCCGUUGAAUUGAUGGUAACAUCUCGAGAAAGGAGGGCAAACGCUGGCAAUAAAAUGGCAAAACUUCUCCACUCAACAGUACAAGAAGACGAUUUUUAUUCGGGCGCGUACGAGGGUGGCUUCAAAGAUGAUGAUGUCGAGGAUGUGUAUGUCUCACCGGUUUCGGAUGAUGAAGACGACGUCGAUUCGGAUUUUGAUCGACCUGAAGAGGAGGAUGAACCGAUUUCCGAUCAAGAGGACAAAGAUAAACAACCGAGAAAGAAGAAGAAAACUUUGUAUAAGGAACCAAAGCAAAAGCCGGAUCUCGACGUAUUUUCAAUGAACAAGAAAUGGGCGAUCGACAGAGUAGACAAGGUUCUACAUAACGAAUGCGAUGCAAGAACACAAGCACAACGAAUGAAAGAAGCGGAAAAGACUGAACGAGAAAAUGCUGCUUCUUUGAAUAGAUUUGAAGAGUUCGAGAUUGAAAAGCGGAAGCGAAGAGAGAAAGCACUUAAACACGGAAUGAAUGGACCAUAUAUGUCGAUUAAAAGCACCCCCACAGGAAAUCUACUCGUUUUACCACAAGUCAAACAAUUUCAAGCGCCACAUAUGCCGCCGGCAAUGGUUUGUGCAGUCACCGGUCAAAGAGCCAGAUAUCGUGACACGGUGACCGGGCUGCCGUAUGCAAAUGCGAGCGCUUUCACCGAGAUUCGCACCCAAUACGAGCAAUUUCUUCGUGGUAUCAAAGGGAACGCCGAAGUGAGCGAAUACCUCGAGCGACUCGAUAAAGAAUUGGAUGAGGAAUCGGAUUCUGAAGACAACGACGAUCACUCAGAAAGCUCUUUC